AGUAAAAUUCCCUUAAAUUUUAAGUAUGGCGGAGCAAACCACCGCCGCCGCUGGGGCCGGGUCCCCAGUUUCAGCUCCACCCCCACUGAUUCAGAACUUCCCGGACGAUAUCUCAAUCCAGAUCCUUGCCAGAGUGCCGCGCUUCCGCCACCCCUUCCUCUCUCUAGUCUCAAAAUCGUGGCGCGCCGCCGUCAAUUCACCGGAGCUCUUCCGCACCCGAUCUCUCCUCCGUACAUCCCAAUCAUCUCUCUACCUCAAUCUCCGGAUCAAUUCUUCUUUCAACUGGUAUUCCGAGCGAAACCCCCAAAAUUCGAAGCGCAGUUUCACUCCCAUCCCCUCAAUCCCUCAGCACCCCGUUGGAUCAUCAGUUUUAGCCCUAGGCCCCAAAAUAUACGUAAUCGGCGGCUCUCUCAGCGAUAUUCCUUCGAACAAUGUCUGGAUCUUCGAUUGUCGGUCGAAUAAUUGGCAAUUAGGGCAUAGAAUGAGGGUUUCUCGGGAAUUUUCCGCGUCGGGGGAAUUGGACGGGAAGAUAUAUGUAAUGGGCGGGUGUAAUGUCGAUAACUGGUCUCGAUCGAUCAAUUGGGCGGAGGUUUUUGAUCCAGCGACGGGGUUGUGGGCUGCGAUUCCGAGUGAGAUUGAGCUGAGGGAUAAGUGGAUGCACGCGAGCGCGGUAAUUGGGACUAGGUUAUAUGCAAUGGCGGAUAGAGGUGGUGUGGUGCUCGACAUCGGGCGGGGCGGGUGGGGGAAUGUGCCUAAGAGCCUGGAUUUGGGGUGGAGGGGCCGAGCCGCGGUGGUGGACAAUGUGCUGUAUUGUUACGAUUAUUUGGGGAAGAUUCACGGGUAUGAUGUGGAGGAGGAUGUGUGGAAGGAGCUGAGAGGGGUGGAGAAAGGGCUGCUGAAGUUCUUGUGCGGCUCGACAAUGGUGAAUUUGGAUGGGAAGCUGUGUGUUGUGUGGGAAGGGAAAGGGAAAGGGAAAGGGAAUGGGAAAGAGGUGGAUAUAAUGUGUGCGGAGAUUGAGGUGAGGAGGGAUGGAGACGGAGGGCUGAGUGGCGUGGUAUUGAGGUCGGAUGUGAUUCUUGUUGUGCCUAAAGGGGCUACCAUCUCUCAUUGCUUGGCUGUUGAGUUUUGACGGGUAUGGGGUGGAGGGGUCGGUUCGCGGUGGUGGACAGUGUGCUGUAUUAAUAUGAUUAUAUGGGUAAGAUUCGUGGGUAUGAUGAGGAGGAGGAUGUGUUGAAGGAGCUGAGAGGGGUGGAGAAAGGGCUCCCGAAUUUUCUGUGCAGCUUAACAAUGGUGAAUUUGGAUGGGAAGCUGUGUGGUGUGGGAAGGGAUGGAGACGGAGGGCUGAGUUGCGCGAUAUUGAGGUUGGAUGUGAUUCUUGUCGUGCCUAAAGGGGCUACUAUCUCGCAUUGCUCGGACUGGAUGAUAAGGUUAGGCAGCACCUUCAUCUCCUUCUUCGUUUUUGUGGUCUGUUUUGAUCAGUAUGUUUCACCAUUUUAUGAUGUUUCAUUUGUCUUUCAAGUUGUGAAGUGAUAUGUAUUGGUUCUGUGUCAAUAAAGAUUGUUACUGUUACCACUUACUUUAGCAAGAUUUUAUUGGAUUUGAUACUAAUUAGUGAUGAAGCACUGAGCUAAA